AUGUCUAGAAUUAGUAUAUUAGCUGUCGCCGCAGCAUUAGUGGCAAGUGCAACCGCCGCAUCCGUGACCACCACUCUAUCCCCUUAUGAUGAAAGGGUCAAUUUGAUUGAAUUGGCUGUUUACGUUUCUGAUAUUGGCGCCCAUUUAUCUGAAUAUUACGCUUUCCAGGCUUUGCAUAAGACUGAAACAUACCCACCUGAAAUUGCCAAGGCUGUUUUUGCCGGUGGCGAUUUCACCACCAUGUUGACUGGUAUUUCAGGUGAUGAAGUGACCAGAAUGAUCACCGGUGUGCCAUGGUACUCUACUAGAUUGAUGGGUGCUAUUUCCGAAGCACUUGCGAAUGAAGGUAUUGCUACUGCAGUACCAGCUUCUACCACAGAGGCUUCUUCCACCUCCACUUCAGAAGCUUCUAGUGCCGCCACUGAGUCUUCUAGCUCCUCUGAAAGUUCAGCAGAGACCAGCUCAAACGCUGCUUCCACCCAAGCUACUGUUUCAUCUGAAUCUAGCUCUGCUGCAAGCACCAUUGCAAGUUCUGCUGAAAGUUCUGUUGCAAGCUCUGUUGCAAGCUCUGUUGCAAGCUCUGCUAGUUUUGCCAAUACCACAGCUCCAGUUUCUUCUACAUCUUCUAUCUCAGUCACUCCAGUGGUCCAAAAUGGUACUGACAGCACCGUCACAAAGACUCAAGCUUCCACUGUUGAAACUACCAUAACUAGUUGUUCAAAUAACGUCUGUUCAACUGUGACUAAGCCAGUCUCCUCCAAAGCUCAAUCUACAGCUACUUCUGUCACAUCGUCAGCAUCUCGUGUUAUUGACGUUACCACUAACGGUGCUAACAAGUUCAAUAACGGUGUUUUCGGUGCCGCUGCUAUUGCUGGUGCCGCCGCUCUAUUGUUAUAG